AUGUCUUCUAGUCCCAUACCAAAUUGGAAUUGGGAGGGAACCAGAUUAAGUUAUGACAGUGCAGUCGAGACAGACUAUACCAAUGAGGACAUGAUUGAGGAAUUUUUAAUGAGCUGCGUGGCUUUAUUCUCCGGCAAACAUCAACGAUUCUCCACCAUCAACGCCUCAACCUUCCCCGAUCUCCAACGUGAACAUCACCUCUCCGGCGCUGCGGUGUCUCAAAGCUCUAUCUUAGUCCACGAAUUCAAGCUUCACGAUUUCAUUUUGUCGUUGAAGAUUGAUGCGGUUGUGAAUCGAGAGAGUGUCGAGAACGAUUUUCCUUCUACAAGUUCAAAUUGUUAUCAAGGCAUGAAGAUGAUUACGGUUUUGAGAUGGAGGUUCAUUGCAAAAGUCAUAGGCAUGGCAUUGUUGGACUUAGGAAUUUCUUGUGUAACUUCUUUGUAA